CAUAAUCCUAAAAUAAACUUUUUUGUGGCCUUGAAUGUACUGAUAUUUGGAGUUCCUAUUUACUUCCAAUUUCUUCCCCCUACCUCUGGGAGCCAAAUGAUAGAGUCUACCAUGAGCUGCUCUUUCACCUUCCAAAUCCCAAAGGCUUUGCCUUCUCUAUCUCCUCACUGCAGAAAAUCCCCUCUCUAUAUUAUUACAUCUAAAUUCAAACCAGUCACAGAUAAGAAAAUUACAAGCAUCAGCAAAAACCAUGAAGACUACAAUGGUGUGAAGAAGUUCAGUUUGGCAGUUCAAGUUGGUGCAUUUUUUGCCACAAUUGAGCAGCCAGCAUUGGCAGUUACUGGAGUGAAUAAUGAGGAGGAUUUGAUAUGGGUUUUGAUACAAUUAGCAAUUGUUGCAUUUGGGUAUUUCAUAGUUAUGCCACCUAUCAUCAUGAACUGGCUUCGGGUAAGAUGGUACAGAAGAAAGCUCCUUGAAAUGUACUUGCAGUUCAUGUGUAUCUUCCUUUUCUUUCCAGGGAUAUUACUGUGGGCACCAUUUUUGAACUUCAGGAAAUUUCCAAGGGAUCCAUCAAUGAAGUACCCAUGGUCUACACCAGAAAAUCCUUCAGAAAUUAAAAAUGAUUAUAGCAAGUACCCUUAUGCCACACCUGAAGAUUAUGAUUGACAAUUCCUUCUAUGAUAUUCAUAUACCUAAUAACAAUGAUAGGACUGGAACUUUGUUUUGAUAAAUCUUUCAUUUUGUUAAGGUAAUUUCUGUUAAUUUGUGAUACAAAAAAGCUUGCUAUAAUGGACUGUUUGGUAAACUGUAAACAAUAUAAGGAUCAACUGAAAUUCUUGUCUGUCAAGUGAUCAACUGUUAUUGUUUAUUCUUUAUUUGAUCU